AUGGCGACUUUACAACGGUCAUCAUUCUCAUUCAGGAGACAGGGAUCAUCAGGUGUGGUGUGGGAUGACAAGUUCAUGAGAGGGGAGUUCCGACAAAUAGACGAAGAAGGCGGCCACGAUCCCGAGUAUAGAGAGCUGAGGCCUUGUCAAAGUGCCAGACCAAUUCGCCUCAAGGAGCUUAACGGUUCCUUUGCAGCACCCACUGUUUGUCCUCGGAGCUUCUCUACUGCACCAAAGAAACAGGCUUCUUCUAAAGGAAUGUUCUCCAAGAUAUUGCCCGUCAGUCUUCGAAGAUCAGAAACCAUCAAGAAAUCCAACUCUGUAAAGCAGGAGCUCUAG